AUGAUGGUAGGAUCAGUUCUCUAUCUUACUGAAAUUCGAAAUUUACUGAUGUCAUUGUUUGCUAAACAUCAAGCUAUAGCUAUGACAUCAAAAAGUCUGAAUGAUUCAUGCGCGGUAAUAUCGGUUCUAUCCGGAACGGGAGCUAUCUGGGCUGGGCGAAUUUUUCAUUUGGGUGGUGCAGAAGCUUCUGUGAGUCUGGCUGAAUCGGAUGUGAAUGCGCCCAUCCACCAAUAUGUUCUGAGAUUUGUCAUAGGAGUGGUGCUUAUCCUCAGUUGUCGAAUGAUCUUGAAACCUGUGGCUAAACUAUUUGUGAAAAUAGUUUAUAGUAUGCUGGACUUGAAGAGUUAUUCGUACUCUCAAAUGUGUAAGGAUAUAGGUGGAAUGCAACCGACAAAGAGGUACACGAACCGUAUGCGAUUCAAGCCAAUACUGGGAGCGAAGGUAGAUGAUUUCCACAUCAAGGCAGCCAUGCAGUAA